AUGUCUAGUGAGAAGAAAGUUGCGCAGAUUGCGUCGUCGCUGACAGAAGAGUCGGAUUCUGCGUUGCCGAUUAUAGAGGCACCGGAACCAAAACCAGGGUUGAAUGGUGCGCCAGUGCGCUGUAGCAACAAUCCCCAGGCUGACCGCACCGAGCCGUAUACCCGCAUAACCCCCUUCCAAGAGAAGCACGAUACCAGUAUCGAAUUUUUCUACAAGCCCAUCACUUUGACUGCUUUGGGCAUAGGAAUGGCGGUCUUGGCAUAUGUCGCUACGACCCAGGAUGUUCUGGAGGAGGGUCGGGACAAGCGCAGAGUUGGUGUAUAUGCAGCAAUUGCAUCGUUCCUUCUCUUCUCAAUGAUCCAGUUCCGGGACGGGCCCUUCGUCCGACCGCAUCCAGCUUUCUGGCGGGUGGUUCUGGGCAUUAAUUUGCUAUAUGAACUGGCUCUGGUCUUCUUGCUCUUCCAAGACCUCGAUUCGGCGAGAGCGAUGAUGAAGUACCUAGACCCCAGCCUGGGAAAACCCCUCCCUGAGAAAAACUACGCUGAAAACUGUGACUUCACAUUCCAGAAUAUCUGGAAUGCCAUUGACAUAUUCUGUCUGGCACAUACCCUUGGAUGGUUCGGCAAGGCCUUGAUACUCCGCGAUUAUUGGUUCUGCUGGAUCUUGAGCAUUGCGUUCGAGCUUGCAGAAUACAGUUUGCAGCACCAGCUUCCUAACUUCGCGGAGUGCUGGUGGGAUCAUUGGAUCCUAGAUGUACUGAUCUGCAAUUGGCUCGGUACAUAUUUAGGGAUGAAGACAUGUCAGUUCUUCGAAGUUAAGCACUACGUCUGGAGAGGUCUUCGGCAAACACGCGGGAUCCGCUCCAAAACCAGACGCGUGAUAAGCCAAUUCUCUCCUCACGACUGGACCACGUUCAAAUGGGAAGGGACGGCUUCGUUCGUGCACUACUUCACGGUCGUGCUGCUAUUGGCUGUAUUCCUAGCAGCUGAACUUAAUCCGUUCUAUCUAAAGACUCUGUUGUGGAUGGAGCCCGAUCACCCAUUCGUCAUUGCGCGCCUUGCAGGGGUCUUCCUUUGUGCCUUGCCAGCGGUACGGGAGCUGUAUCAAUAUGUCAACGACCCGAGAAAGGCUGUCAGGAUGGGCCAGCAUGUAUGGCUCCUGCUCGCUACUAUCGGCACGGAACUGCUGGCAAUCACGAAAUGGAGCAAAGGUCAAUUCCCCGAGCCACUGCCGACGCGGGUCAAGUGGGCUUGGGCGGUGGGCGCUUUCCUGCUGGUGCUGUAUCCGACCAUACGGUUCGGUAUCCCGAGUGCUCGGAGGUACCUCAGACGCUCGAAGCGCAGCGCGAAGGCGAAGACAAUAUCGUGA